CCUAACCUCAUUUUUUGAGGUGUCCUGUAAAAUCCAAACAAAUCCUGUUUUGUAUUUAUUUACAUGUUUUAAAAGCCAAAUAAUGUCGGACAACGUCCUGGAAGAACUUUUAUUCUUCGACACAUUCGCCCACGAUAAUACCGAGGAAUUAAACUUAGACUUGGUCCAAUUCCCCAAGCCUGUCUAUGUAACAGAAGUCCGUAUAAUUCCUUUAGGAGCCCGAAUACAGGCAGAUAUUCCAGGGGGAGUCCGUUUAGGUGCAACCAACCCCAGCCAAUUUCACAUAGAACUUUUUGUCAAUGACCUCGGCAAACCGGGUGCGAGCACUUUUGAAACUUUAGGCUCCUUCGAAUACGACCAAAACGGUAAAAUCAAUCUACAAUGGGCCACCGACGAUUCAAUCCGAAAAAUACCCACAGACGGUUUAGUUUUAAAAGGCCUUUACACUACUAUAACCUUAGCAGUUUAUGGAAUCCUAACUAACAAUUUAGCUGAGCAACUCGUACAGCCUAUUGUGAAUCCUGCUUUGCCUAUUACUCAAGCCAAUACAAUUGCUGAUGCUCAGCAAAUAAUUGCUGUAAGCACAGUGGAUCCUGAAUGGUCUCAGGAUAAUGGCAGUCAGCAGCCAAUCGAAUAUCCAGCUCCCAGUAUUAAUUUUCAAUCGUAUGGGCCUGAGGCAUUUCAGCAAGAGUUUCCUGAAUAUUUCAGCGAGCCUCCUAAGGAUCCUAGAAGCUAUCAUCACACGCCUGAACAUGAUUGGGAUAAGAAUAAUAGUAGGAGUGAGAGGGAGAAGAGUAGCAGAGAGGUUUUUACGCGGACAAGGAGAUACUUUAAAUAUCCAAUGUUUAGAAGGUCUAGGAUUGAAAGAGACCAUUCGGAAAGACGCGACAGACGAUAUUCUCGAUCAGAAAGCACAGACAGAGACAGACAGGUUAAAGACUAUCACGACUCUAGCAGAGAUAGAGACCACGAACGUGAAAACUACAGAGCUGAUUGGUCCGAAUCUGACAGACCACACGACAGAGAACGUGGUAGAGAAAGGCGACACGAUGACAACUAUAGAAGAUCGGACCGAUUUCGAGAAGACCGUGAGGACAGGAAACGUCCCAGGACGCCUCAAAGUCCUAAAAGGCCUCAUUCACCUGAACAAAUUAAAGAAAGAAAUGCUUCCCCUACACUUCCAGCUGCUGCCAGUCCAGAAUUGGCGCCUAAAGACGAAAAAACUGAAGAAGAUGUGCCUAAAACUGAAAGUCCAGUGGCUGUAGACGAAAGUACAACACCGCAAAUGGAUGUUGAAGAAUUUGAGCCGAUUUUGAGUGACGAGGAUAUUUUGGAUGACAAUGAACACUAUCAGGAAGAAUAUGAUUAUACAGCUUAUACGAAUAAUGAUGAUAUUAUAAGGCAAUUUAUUCCUGGAGUGACUGAGCUGCAGAAAUACCCUUGCAAUAAAAAAUAUUGCAUUAAAGAUAAUACUAUUGAAGUGGAUGAAAGUUUGAAAACAAUAAUUGGCAUUACAGAUGAUUAUUUGAAAUCUAGCAUUACCAAAUAUGUGUUGGAUGGUUUUAGCCAAUUAAAUACAGAGAUUAAGGAGGAAUUUGUGCAUUUAGCUGAAAAGUUAAUUGGAAUUAUUGGUGAUUCGGAUACAUUCAAAGACAUAAAGAAUCUUCACAAUGCCAUGCGUUCACUAACCAGCUCUAAAAUGACAACCGAAAAUAAAGAGCUAGCCAAUCAGAUUGAAUUUAUUAUUGAAACAAUCACUGAUUGGUUGAAAAUCGCUUUGGAUUAUGACAUGGCUAAUUCACAAGAUCAGCCUGCUUAUAAAAUAAGACAUAUUAAGUGUGGAGUAAGAUUGGCAGAAUAUCUAAGUUACAGCAACGAGUAUCUUCAAUGUCUGUGGCAAAAAAGCUACAAGCUUCACCAAGUGCUUGUUGGUUUAUACCAAUGCGAAUUUAUGGCGUUGAGCAUUAAAUUGAUGCUUCUAAAAGCAUUAGACACGUACUUGCUACACAAAUUCUCCAUUGAACGAUUUUUGGGAAAUUCUUUAGCACAAAACGGUCUUUCUGAUAAUAAUUUGCCUAUAACUGAUCGCAACGGCUACAAAAUUAUCGUCGAGGCAAUAAAAAAAAAUCCUCUAGUACGCGAAAAGUUUGCUUUGAGCUCUAUUUUGAAAAAACUAAAUUUAUAUGAAAUAUUGUAUAAAAUGCAUAGUAGUUUGAUCAAGCUAAGAAAUCCUGCGCAUGAUAUUUCAGCUCAAGAGAUCAAUUUAAUUACAAAAUCCUUGAAUCAAAUAUUGAAUUACUGCAAUGGAGGCCCGUUUGGUUUGUCGCAACCUAAAAGGUUUUUGCCAGUUGCGGCCCAAUUUGAAAUAAUGCGCUCUGACACCAGAAACAUUUUGGUUGAUUACUUUAAAAUGUUCAACCUACUUCAAUGCUUCGUAUUACUACUCACAUCUCCAGACACAUUAAAUCUCCCAUUAAUUAAAACCCCAAUCUUCGAAAUAGUUGCUAAUUUACUAGAAAGCAAAGAAGGCUUGCAAUAUUUAUCAGAAAACAGCGAAACCAUAAAUGUUUUGUUAAAGUGUCUUUUACGAACAGAUGAAGAAAUGCAAUACAGCCUUAACGAUUCUAUUGAAGUUCACUCUCACAAUUUAGGCUUAAAAAUUGCUUAUAAGCUUCAAGGCUUAUAUCACAUUGAAUGCUUAUUAUUGGACAUUGGCCUCAAACACAAUUACGACUUUGAUAAUUUCGAUAUAAUUGAUCAAUUGCACGGGAUGUUUUGUCUGACAUUUUCUAGUGUCGGUAAAUUUGCCAUUGGUGAACUCUUAGGCAUGGGCGACAAUAUACAAUGCCUGCUGCAAUUUUUGGAACAAGUAAAUUUCAAAUCAGAAAUGAGCUUGAUGAAAUUCAAACAAUCGGCUAGUGCAGGGUAUAUUUUGGAUUUGCUUUAUUAUCCUAUAGUGACUGUGGCAAAUGUUCAAUUUUUGGAAAAAUAUGCUUCAAAGCUUCGAGAUUGUAUUGGGUUGUUGUACGAAACAUCUACAGCUUCUAAGAUAAAUGAAAUCAAAACCUAUUUGUCACCUUUUGAUAAUAUUACAAGCUUAAACUAUGAUAAUAUGUCUCAGUUUUUAGAUAUAAUAGACAGACAUACGCCUACAGUGAUUUCACAUCCAGGCUCUUUGAUUACUUGUUUGAGGAUUAUACAGCAUUUAGGCAUUUCAACUUAUGAUAACAAAAUCCCAAUCAUAUCUGAAAAUCCUUUAUAUAAUUAUAUGGAGUUGAAAUAUAAGCAUGUAAUUUUACAAAUUUAUUCGUUAGAUGGUAUUAAUAUUUUGAUUAAGUUGCUGCAAAAAUUGUGCAAUCAUUUUGAACAACCUGGUUUGCACAGUUCAAUAUUUGUAUCAAAUCAAGGCCUGAUUUUAGUCAACAUUAUUUAUCCUGUGUUAUUAUUAUUCAACAAAAUAAUGGCUUAUGUUGUUCAGUGUAGAAACACUAAAUUUAAAGAUUUAACUUCAGUGCCUGUAUUACUAAAAACUUAUAAUUUACUAAACAGCUUUCCUUUGAAUAGUUUAUUGAGUCGUAAAUGUAAAAUAGCUAUAAUAGAUUGUUUGUUGGUUUACACUCAGCCAAUGUCCGAUGAAAUUUCCGAAAAAGACUCUUUAAAUAAAACCUUAUGGUCUCAAAUGCUGGGAGAAGUUAUUAAGUUUGUCACAACAGCCCCAUAUACUUUUGUGUCGGGACUUUUAGUAUUAUCAGAACUCUUACCGUUGCCUUUACCCAUACACACUGGAGACGAUUUGUCUAAAGACGAAAUCUCAUGGACAAUAAACUUAAGAAAAUUAUGGUCAGCUCAUUUGCAUCCGCAUAGUGCCAUUUUGCAAGACACUGUCCAUAAAAUUUGCAUUUCUACUCAGCCCCAAUUGCUGAAUCUACUGAGACGUAUUUGCGUACAAAUCUCAGACUUGGCAGCUAAUUCCGCUUUGAUGAUUGCUAGAGGAUUUUUGGAUUUAGCUUUUAAGGCUUUAACAACAAAUUUGCCUUGCACCAGCCAUGUGGCAAGGCUUCUAAACUUCUUAGCUUGCCUAGUGACUCACAAUACAAUAAAGUGUGCAGUUUUACAUUUGAUUCACUGUGACGAUAAUUACUCGAAAUUGAUUCCUGCGUUUGAGCGUAUAUUAAAGCUGAGUGAUGGUUCGACUAGUCACAUUCAAGCACAAGAGUGUGUUUUGAGUAUUAUACAAAGCUUUUGUGAUGUGGAGGUUAGUUUGUUGCAAAACUCUGAGACGUUAAAGGUGACUUCGGAAGUUUAUUUGGCCAAUGCUUUGCCUAUUAAAGAACACUUGCUGAGUUUUAUUGGAGUUAUACUCGACCAUUUAGCCACAGAGAAUUCUUUCGUCACUUAUUUGCCAAUUGUAAGGACUUUGUUACUACUAACCGAGCACGACUACGGAUUCUUUCAUUUGCGGGAAAACUUGUUGAAAAGGGAGAAUUUAUUUGGAGUGAUGCUCAACAAAUUUGUGAAAAGUUUCUCCAAAACCAGUCCGGAGUGUUUGUCUACUUUGAACAUUUUGGUGGAGUUUUUGAGGAUUUGUUUGACGACCGAAGAAAGCGAUGGCGUUUUGCUUUAUACUCCGAGAACUAUUAUGUUGAGCGUUGAGGAAAUGAAGAAUUUGAUUGGUUGGAGUCAAGUUGGGGAAGGUGAAAAGCACCCGUUUAUUAUACUUGAAGAAAUAUUGAAGAAAGAAAUCGAAGACGACAACAGUUUGGAAACAAUCCUGGAAGGUCUCACGUUAUUUCUGAAACAACUCGAUCAACCUACGACAACCGCUUCAACAGCCGAAGAAGUUCUUCUACCAACUCCUCAACCUUUGCUCGCUCAAUAUUCGGGCCGGAUAAUCUCUAGUUCGUCGGAUGCUUGCGACGAAAGACUCACCGAUCGUUAUUGGUUGAUUUUACCUUCGGAGGAAGGCGAAGGCGAAUUGGAAACGGUCCCGUGCGAUCUGUUCGAAAUUUGCCGCCAACUGCCUCCCGAGUUCAAUUUAAUCAAGGAAGUGGAAAAAUUGUGCAGGAUUUCUAGGACCGAUCCACCCCAUGUGGAUAAGGCUAUCAAGCAUUGCGACGAGCAAAGAAUUAAAACUAGAAAACCUUUCAUUACUCCAAUGAGGCCGCGUGGCUUUCCAAGAACAACUCCCCAAAGACCAGAUUUGUUCAGAUCGAGACCCCCAAACACUUCAAGACCUCCUUCUUUACAUGUUGAUGAUUUUGUGGCUUUGGAAACUUGCGGCGCCCAACCUACAGGUCCAACCGGUGCUGGCUUUUCAAUUAGUAGCAACAUUGUUAAUCAAUUUCCGAUUUCAGGCUACAACAAAUUGAGUAGAGAUAUUUUGGCUACCAAUAGGAUGGCCAGAGGUGCCAGAGGAAGGGCUUUUGUCACGUCUGAGAGGAGCAUGCAAUACAACAGACAAAUGCCUUGGUGGGGUGCUUCGAUGGGUAGAGGCCCUUAUUUUUAAGUUACUAGUGUUUAAAAAAUAAUAAAUAUUUCAAUUUUUAAUGUAUUUUUUUUUAAUUCAAAACCUACACAUAACAUCAGAUUAAUAUAGCAUAGACUCUCUUCUAUACAGGGUGUUUGAAAAAAAAUUACAAUUAAUAUGUGUUUUUCAGAUGUUUACCUGAAAAAUGUCAGCUUAUCUAUGGGAACACCCUGUAUUAUAACAUGCUGUAUAUUAUGUAAAGGGUGAUACAUUGGAAGGUGAUGAGUAUUUAAAUGGGAAUCACGUUUUGUAACAGUACACUUAUUUAUGAAUCACCCUGUAUGAUCUUUAAAUCUACUUGAACAAUUUCUAAAAUUCUAUUCACGUACACUUGGCCAAGCAUUAUUGAUCAAAAUUCUAUACAUAGAAAAUUGGUCUGGAAUCAGCCUUUUUUGAAAAAAAAAAUCAAUAGAAAACAAUACAUUAUAGCUCAAAAAAGUCAGCCUUCAUAGUAUCAAUGCAUCAAUGCAACACAUAAAAAUAAAAUCAACAGUAGUUGAUCAACGUAUAGAUUUGAUGCUGGAUUGCACCUGUCCGAACUGCACCUGGAGCAAUGUUCCUUCUUCAAAAAAUUAGUAUCGGCCCUUUUCAUCUUAUGACAAAUGUCCAAACUUAUUUGCUCGGCCAAUUGGCAACCUCUAAUUAUGUACUUUUUGUUGCCAACUAGAAGAAAAAUAUACUUAUACAUAAUUAUUUAAGUUUAAAUUGGAAUUAUUUACGUCUAGUGACAACUUUCAAACAAUCCAAAUCGAUGUGUCUGGCCAUUGCCUCGGUGUCCACUUCGAAUAUCUUGUCGUAGCUGGGGUCAAUUUUUUUGGCCAGUUCUUGGGUCUUUUCCAGAGCUGUCCGGUCGCAUUUUGCUAAAGGCAUGUCGUACGACUCUGGAUAACGACAAGCUGUUUCGUUGUCUCUUGUUGAACAUAGAUAACAUCUUACGUCUCUUGUUUCAC